AAAGAAGAAACGGGUUUUAUCGGUCAGUUUUCUCAAGGGUUUCCCAGAUGACCGGUUAUUGUAGAGGCAGACAUGCCAGCCAACCUCACCGUCUCCAGCCACACCACCAACUACAACUUCCCAGCGCUCAUCUUCGGGAUAGUAUUGAUCAUCAUCAUCAUCUGCGGGAACGUGCUGGUGUGUCUGAGCGUGUACACGGAGAAAGCGCUCAAAACCACUACCAACUACUUCAUAGUCAGCUUGGCUGUUGCUGAUCUGUUGCUGGCUGUUCUGGUCUUACCACUGUUCGUGUAUGCAGAGUUCCAGGAUGGGGUUUGGUCCCUCAAUAUGACCGUAUGUGAUGGACUGAUGACCAUGGAUGUGAUGCUAUGCACCGCCUCUAUAUUUAACCUCUGCGCCAUCAGCAUAGACAGGUUCAUCGCAGUCUCCAUUCCUCUUAACUACAACCGCAAACACGUGGACCAGCGACAGAUUGUCCUGCUUUCAGCCACAUGGAUCCUGGCCUUGGCUGUGGCUUCCCCCGUGAUGUUCGGGAUCAACAACGUCCCCAACCGGGACCACAGCGAAUGCAAGCUGGAGGACAACAACUACGUGGUGUACUCCUCCGUCUGUUCCUUUUUCGUGCCGUGCCCCAUCAUGCUCUUGCUGUACUGCGGGAUGUUCCGGGGCCUGAGGAAGUGGGAGGAGGCGAGGAAGGCCAAACUGAGGAGCAGCAUGCAGGCCAGCAGAAAGCUUCAGGAGGCCGCCGCGUCCCUCCAGCCGCUGUCUGGCCUGCCGCCUCCUCUGCCCCCCGUGAUCGAGAAAGACUUGAGCGACAUUACCUUAGAAGAGCUGGAGCACGAUAACUUCCCCGAACCUGACAGCCCGGGUCCCGUGUCCAUGCUCCCACACCCCGGCGGGAGCCAGAACCGGCGAAGGAAGAGAGCGAAAAUAAACGGGAGGGAGAGGAAAGCUAUGAAGGUGCUUCCUGUUGUAGUAGGUGUCUUCCUGUUCUGCUGGACACCAUUCUUCGUAGUGCACACGAUGAGGGCUCUCUGUGAAGACUGCUACAUCCCCAGCAGCGUCAGCAGCAUCGUGACCUGGUUAGGAUACGUCAACAGUGCCCUCAACCCGAUUAUCUACACCGUCUUCAACACAGAGUUCAGGAAGUUCUUCCGGAAGUUCUUGCCGACUCUGCCCAACUGCUGCUAGCCUGAACAUGCUCUCUGCUAACGGUUUAUGAACAAAACAAGCCCAAAAGUAUAAGUGAACCAGACAAAUAAUGCUUACAUGUAAAUAUAGCAUGAAACAAAUGUAUGGUUAUAAUAAGAUGUUUGCUGCCAUUACGUUUUUAUUUUAUGGUUUCAUUUCAAAUGUUUAUAAGCAAACAAGAUAAAUUUGCAUAAAUCUUGCAUGAAUUAAUCUUACAUAAAUUGUGGGAUUUCAUUAAAUUAAAACAGAUUAUUUUGGGAUCAUUCUUAUCAUGUGUGUACACCAA